UGAUCGUCGACUUCUUCACUGUCUUCUUAUACCGAAAAGGCUACAGAGAGUUUGUUCUAUCAAGAACUUUCUCUCAUCGUUGUCCCCCCUACUCCCAUUCCCACUGAUACGACGGGCAAAAUACCAGUCAACAUGGCAGAGAAGCCCCUCUCCUCCUCGGAGAUCGAGGCACAGCCACAGCCCCAGGUCGAGCAUGUCCACAAUGGCGGCGAGAAGCUCGACUUCAACAGGGCGGGCGCGAUCGAUGCAGAGAACGCCGAACACAACAUGACUGUGCUAGAGGCUGUCCGAGCCUACCCCGCUGCCAGCUGGUGGGCAUUCGUCAUGUCGGCCACCAUUAUUAUGGAGUCGUACUGUGUCUUUCUGAUGGGCAACUUCAUAGCCACGGCCAGAUUCGCCAAGAAUUACGGCGUAUAUAACGCCGCGCAAGAUAAGUGGCUCAUCGAGGCUUCCUGGCAGUCAACCUUCCAGUGUGGUGGACCAGUUGGUGCAUUCAUCGGCGUCUUCCUGGCGGGUCCCAUCACCAGCUGGAUCGGGUACCGAUGGGCAACCAUUGGCGGUCUCAUUGCCUUGAACGGCUUCAUCUUCAUCUUUUAUUUCGCCAACACCCAGGGAGUUUUUCUGCUGUCCCAAAUUCUCGAAGGCAUUCCCUGGGGUAUUUUCAUCGCCAAUGCACCCGCCUACUGCAGCGAGAUAGUACCGCUAAGAUUGAGAGCUCCUGCGACACAGAUGUUGCAGAUGUUCUGGGCUAUCGGGUCGAUCAUUGUGGGUGGCAUCACCUAUCACUACCAAUCCAAGGACAGCGAUGAAGCGUAUAGAGUUCCCAUUGCCCUGCAGUGGCUGUUUCCGACCCCUCUCGCCAUCCUCCUCUUCUUCGCGCCCGAAUCCCCCUGGUGGCUGGUGCGCAAGGGCCGUCUCGCCGAGGCCGAGAAGUCGGUUAUACGUCUCGGACGCUCGAGCGCGAAUGCCAACCCCGCAGACUCGGUCGCGAUGAUGCGUCGCACGAUCGAGCUUGAGAAAACGGAGAAGAAACCCAGUCUCAUCGAACUGUGGAAAGGCACCGAUCGCUACCGCACGCUCAUCGUGUGUGGUGUGUACGCGGCUCAGAACCUGACGGGCAACUUGAUCGCCAACCAGGCAGUCUACUUUUUCCAGCAGGCCGGCAUGGCCGAUAAUACCGCAUUCGCCCUCGGUCUCAUCACUUCCGCCCUCCAGUGGAUCAUGGUCAUGCUCUCUUGGGUCCUUACCACGUACCUCGGCCGACGCACCAUCUACGUCUGGGGUUCGUUCAUCAAUUGCGGGUUUCUGGUCUGCCUCGGUAUCGCGGCUUCGGUCGGCGGCGGCCAUGCGGCGACUCAGGCGCAGGCGUCACUCGGCCUCAUCGUCUCGGUCCUGUUCUGCCUGGGCCCCGCCCCGGCCUCGUGGGUCAUCAUCGGAGAGACGUCUUCCAUCCGUCUCAGGCCAUUAACAACCGGUAUCGGACGUGGUGCCUACUACGCAAUCAACAUUCCUUGCAUCUUCCUGGCCAGCUACAUGCUCAACCCUGACCAGGGAAACCUCGGCGGCAAGUGUGGCUACGUCUGGGCCGGCACUGCUUUUGUCUGCUCGGUCAUGGCGUGGAUCUGGCUCCCCGAGAUGAAGCACCGGUCGUACCGCGAGAUCGACAUCCUGUUCAAGCGCAGGGUCCAGGCGCGCAAGUGGAAGAAGACCGUCAUCGACGUGCAGGACGACGAGUAGAUGGAGGCCCUCAAAGGGGGAAUUUGAGAUGCUGGUGGUAGGACGUGACGUAAGAGCGAUACAUCGGUGUUGCGAAACGGAACAGAUGAUGGCAGCAAUGACAUGACUGGAAAAGUCGGUAACUGUGGAAUGAGAAACACCAUUAUAGCAGCGGUCGAGCUUGCAGGUACACAGCCAACAAGGUCUAUGGGCAGCUGGGUCUGGGCCCCUUUCAAUGAAUGACUGACCUGGGCAAAAUU